CUGUCAUUAGUCGUUCACUAAAUUUAUCUACUGCAUUUUUUGCACCUUACCGCAAAAUAAAUCGAAAUACAUUGAAUAAAAUUAAAAUUAAUUAAUUAGAAUAUACACGGCUACGCUGAAAAACAGUUCAAUUUAAUAUUUUUGUAUUUGUGUUACAUUUUGUGAAAUUUAAGCAGCGUACGCAAAAAAAAGCGCGCCCAUUAGCUUCAUCUUUGUCCACAGAAGUCUUUAGCCCCUGCGCGUACAGUCAGCAUGGCUAAGGUGCACAUCACGAAUGUUGUGGUACUCGACAACCCGAGCAGUUUUUUUAAUCCGUUUCAGUUCGAAUUGACAUUCGAAUGCAUCGAAGAGCUUAAAGAGGAUCUCGAAUGGAAAAUGAUUUACGUCGGAUCCGCGGAAUCUGAAGAGGAUGACCAAGUGCUGGACACUAUAUACGUUGGCCCGGUGCCCGAGGGUCGUCACAUUUUCGUCUUCCAGGCCGAUCCGCCAGAUGUUAGCAAAAUCCCCGAACCUGAUGCAGUUGGUGUCACAAUUGUUCUAUUGACCUGUUCAUAUCGUGGCCAGGAAUUUGUGCGUGUAGGAUAUUAUGUGAACAACGACUAUGCCGAUCAAGAAAUGCGCGAGAAUCCUCCACCGAAACCGCUUUUCGACAAACUCACACGCAAUAUCUUGGCCAGUAAGCCGAGAGUCACACGCUUCAAAAUCAACUGGGACGACGGCCACACCAACAGCAAUGGCAACGGGCAGGAGAAUGGGCACGAUGCACAUAUGAUGCACGACGAUGGGCCGUCUACAUCGACCGCGCAACAUGAUGCGGCCAUGGAUGAUAACAGCUUGGCCAUGCCAAUGGAAAAUGGUGUUAAGGCGCUCAAUGAGAACUCAAAUUCACUUGCCAUGGAAUGUUGAGGCAGCGACCUCAGUCUGACUUCAGCAAACACACACAUACGCAUACAAAUGCAAUCACACACACAAAUAUAAAUACACUCACAGUGGCGCAGACUUGUAAGCCCCCCGCCCAAACCACCCUCCUGGUCCCAUUAAUUAAGUACUGUAAUUUAAAUCUUAUCGCUGUUAAAUAAAUUAAAUAUAUCUUAA